CCGGAACCAUGUGGUUGUUGAAAAGCGUCGGACCGAAAUUGGUGCCAUUCUUCAAGACUGUAGCUCUCUACUUUGUGUUGUUCCAAGACAAGAACCCACCAAGCAUCUUCUGCUGCAUCUUCAAAUGCCUGCCCAUCGUCUCCCUCAUGCUCUUCGUCCUUCUUCACGGAAUGAGUUUUAGUAUCUAUUAUCGGUAUUCGCGCCGCAUCCUCAUUGGGCUCAUCUUCAGUUGCCUAGGCGACGCUUUCCUCGUGUGGAAAAAGACCUACUUCAUCCACGGCAUGGUGAUGUUUGCCAUCGCGCAGGCGGCCUACGCGCGGGCCUUUGGAUGGCGCCCGUUCAACCCCUACGCUGCGACGGUCCUUGCCGUGUUCUGCGGCGUAUCGUCCUCCUACGUCACCGCCGGGAUGGACGCUAACAGUGGUAUCCUCUUCUACAUGGUCAUCGUGUACGGCGUGCUCAUCUGCACGAUGGCCUGGAGGGCCGUGGCCCGCGUCCAGUUUUUCGACGACCUCUGGACGUGGACGAAGCUCUGCAGCUGUGCCGGAUCGAUCCUCUUCAUCAUCUCUGAUUUUAUGAUUGCCAUCGAUAAAUUCCGCCACCCUGUGCCAUACGCUCACACGCUAAUCAUGAGUACGUAUUACGCGGCACAGCUCCUCAUAUCACUGUCCGUGGUUGACAGCCAAGCUGAAGAGCUCCUGGUCCUCACCCAGACCAAAUACCCAACACAACAACAAGAACAACUACAACAACCAACACAUGAACAUAACGACAGCGAUGACAACAACAGCAGCAGCAGCAGUCAAGAUAACGAAGAGAAAAUUAACGAACUUAAUCAAAGAACACAACAAGAAGCUGGACUGAUUAAUUAAUUGAUAAUGAUUAAUUAAUCAAUUAAUUAAUUUUGAUCAUUCUGUUAAUUAAGACAUACAGCAAGAUUGGGCCGGGCCAGAUGAAAAUGAAAUAAACGACCAAAGAUAAUGAAGACCAUCAUAACGAGAUCAAGCUAACGAGUUUUUACCUCCACCGCCCAAACUUGAAAUAUCAAGAAACUGGACGGCUGCAAUGUUUAAUUAAAUCAUACAUACACACACAUUCACAUACACACAUACAUAUAUAUAUAUAUAUAUAUAUAUAUAUAUAUAUACGAACAUGCAUGCACGCAUAGUUGACCGACCAGAAGGCAGCAACAAGCAAAACAAUGUCUGCCAGUUGUCACGAUGAAACAAGGAGAUCGUUGACGAAAUUUACCCCACAAAAUUAGCAUAACCAGUAGCUGGAUUAAUUAAAUAGAUAACUAAUUAAAACACACACAAUCGUUAAGAAUUGGCCGACCAGAAAACAACAACAUCACUUUGGCUACCACCACCAAUAACUUAACGAAGAGAUGGAUAACGAACUUUGUCCAAAAUUAAUAUAACCUGUAGCUGGAUUAAUUAAAUAGAUAACUAAUUAAAACACACACAAUCGUUAAGAAUUGGCCGACCAGAAAACAACAACAUCACUUUGGCUACCACCACCAAUAACUUAACGAAGAGAUGGAUAACGAACUUUGUCCAAAAUUAAUAUAACCUGUAGCCAGAUUAAUUAAAUAGAUAACUAAUUAAAACACACACAAUCGUUAAGAAUUGGCCGACCAGAAAACAACAACAUCACUUUGGCUACCACCACCAAUAACUUAACGAAGAGAUGGAUAACGAACUUUGUCCAAAAUUAAUAUAACCUGUAGCCAGAUUAAUUAAAUAGAUAACUAAUUAAAACACACAAUCGUUAAAAAUUGGCCGACCAGAAAACAACAACAACAACAUCAAGAGUUAAUAUGAUGAAGCACGCUACCUUAACGAACAGGUGGGUAAUGACCUUUACCCAAAAUUAACGUAACCUGUAGCUGGAUUAAUUAAAUAGAUAACUAAUUAAAACACACAAUCGUUAAGAAUUGGCCGACCAGAAAACAAAAACAACACUUUGGCUACCACCACCAAUACCUUAACGAAGAGAUGGAUAACGAACUUUGCCCAAAAUUAAUAUAACCUGUAGCCAGAAUAAUUAGAUAGCUAAUUAAAUAAUUAGUUAACAAUUACAUACACCUUCUCAUGAAGAAUUUGCAGACCACAAUAGCAACAACAACAACUCUAACUGUAGCAGUGGCUGUGAUGAAACAUGUUACCUUAACGAGAUGAAUAAUGAACUUUACCUGAAAAUUGGAGUUACAAGAAGCUGUGGUAAUUAAUAAAUUUACUCCACUACACACACACACACACACACACAUACAUACACAUACAUACACAUACAUACAUGCAUAUACAAGGAAAAUACAGAAAUGAUAACUAUUAUGCCCCGCCAUGUUAACGAGAAGGAUAAUUAAUUUGUCCCAAAUUAACGAUGAGAAGUUGAGUUAUUGCUAAUUGAUUUUAAAUUUAUUUAAUUAAUGCUUAUGCAAAGAAUUGUCUGACUGGCUGGCCAGACAGUAAAGAGAAUGAUUUAACUCUGAUUAAUGAGGAGAGAUAACGAGUUUCACCAAAAUUUGUGAUAACAAAUGCAGGACCAAAUUAAUUUAAGUACACACACACACACACACACACUGAGUAAUGACCCUGGUGAAAAAAAAAAAUUACGAGGAACCAAUUAACAAAUUUACCCAAAUUUGCAACAGGAGAAUGGACAAAUUUAUUAAUUAACAUGCACAAACACACACACUAAUGAAUGACCAUUGAUUAACAAAAGGAGAAGAAAAGUAACAACGAACUUAACCAUGAAUUGCAACAAAAACCUGUACUAAUUAAGUCAUAAUUUUAACGAACACCAACACGCAUGUCUAUGUAUCCACAGAGCAAGAAUCAGAAGAACCAGAAAUCAACCAGAACAGUCGUUAGCAAAUUUAAUGUAUAUGUCCAAAACCUGUGGCGAUAUACUGUGCUUGAAGAGACCAAUGAAGCUAAAUGAGAUCAUAGCUGUGGCCUAUGCCAAUGUUUCCUAACUGGCACCGGUGGCACACACACAUACACACACACACACACACACUUGUCUCUAAGUCGGUCAACAAAAAGCUCAGGUGUCUGAAUAGAGAAGUAUCACAUAUUGCUCCAGUUUUAUUCAGUUCAAUUAGGUGAAUAUUUAGAGUUCAAGAAACUAUACUCUUAUAUACAGUAUUGAGUUCAUUUUCAAUCACUUGUUAUCAUUAACCAAACACCGAAGCAGUCAAAAACACCCAAAUUAAGAAUUGAAUUAGUCAGUCAGUAAGCAGUAAUACCGACAAUGCUCACGGCUCUGAUAAUUAACAUAUCCUUAACAAGCAUACAAAUAAUGAAUUUACCAAAAAAUUAUAAGUUGUUGAUACAAGCACGCAUUCAGAUAUAUAAAAAUGUAUAAAACUUGGCCAGCCAGGAGAUGGAUUACCAAAGAUGAUGGCUAGAAUAAUAAUUAAAAUCUUAAUGAAGAAAUGGAUAAAGUUAUUGAUAAUUGUGUAAGAUUGGAAAAAUACAAAAAUCUACCCAGAAAAGCCAUUGCAAUCACAUUGUGACUAUGUAUAUACAUACAUAGUCACAAUAUACAUACAUGCACAUAUACAUACCUAUAUAUAUAUACACACACACACACACACAUAUACAUACACACAUGUAUACACAAGCACAUACAGACAUACAUACACAUGCACACAUAUACAUAGAAAUAUACACACACAUAUAUACACACACAUAUAUACACACGCAAGUAAUUGAAAUGUGUCCUGGCAGGAAUUGAACUUGGAUGUUCAGGAAACAAAACAGCAAGCUUAACGAGUUGUUGUAACAACAAAAAUCUGAAUUAAUCAGUUAAUUAAUUAUUUAUUUAAUUAAUUAAUAAAUAACUAGUCCCUAAUCAUUAAUCGCUAACACUCUCACACUUGGACAUACUUAUGUAAAACAAAAAUAAAUUUAAGAAUCUGCUGGCCAGAAAAUAAACAAUACCAAAAAUGGAUCAAGCUACAGUAAUUAUUAAAUAAUUAUCAAAAUCCUUAACGAAGCAGAGACUGCAAAGGAUCUUGCCAAAAGCCAAAUAUUAGAAAAUUAGAAAAAAAAAAA